AUGGGUAUGGAUCGUAGUUGGAUGAGAGUUAAUCGAUUAAGUGCUGAGUACAAACAUGGAGUGAUGGAAUUUCUACAGUUUGCUAAAAGUAAUGCUAAAAAAGAUCUUCCUCCUUCUAAAAGUAAUGCUGAAGAAAGUCUUCCUACGUUUUUUCUCUGUCCAUGUGUUCGUUGUGCAAAUCAAGAACCAAAACCUGGUAAGAAAGAAAUCAUGGAUUAUCUAAUUUGUAAAGGGAUUUGUCAAAGUUAUACACAAUGGAUAUGGCACGGUGAAGUAGUAGCAAACUCAAAUGUGUCCCAAAGAGAUAAUGUUAGUGUAGAAAUGGAUGAUCGUCUGGAAGAUAUGAUGCGUGAUAUUGGACAAGAUUCGUUUAAGAGGGAACAUGCGUAUGAUAGUUUAUGCAAUGACAAGGAUAAACCUUUGUACCCGGGAUGCACAAAUUUUACACGUUUGUCAGCCGUGUUAAAAUUGUUUAAUCUAAAGGCAAUUAGCGGGUGGACUGACAAAAGUUUUAUCGAAUUGCUUGAAUUGUUGACACAAAUGCUUCCAGAAGGUAACAUACUACCAAUUCGUUAUUAUGAGACAAAGAAAAUAUUGUGUCCGAUGAGUUUGGAGUAUGAAAAGAUACAUGCAUGCCCUAAUGAUUGCAUAUUAUACAGAAAAGAGUAUGUAAACUAUAAUCAUUGUCUGAAGUGCAAGGCGUCACGCUACAAAAAGAGACAUGGUGAAUCUAGUGAUGAUGAUGAGUGCAAAAAGGGUCCUCCCGCGAAAGUGGUAUGGUACCUACCGAUAAUUUCAAGGUUCAAGAGAUUAUUCGCUAAUGCUAACGACACAGAGAAUCCUAGAUGGCAUGCAGAAGAAAGAAAAUGUGGUGCACAAAUUCGACAUGUAGCUGAUUCUUUACAAUGGAAGAAAAUAGAUUCUUUGUUUCCAAAUUUUGGCAAAGAGACGAGAAACAUUAGACUUGGACGAGGAAGAGGAAUGUUGUGGCCCUUUAUCCAGAGAAGUCUUAGAAACACCUCUACCCUUCGGUCUAGAAAAGCUUCCUCCUGUGGGUACGUACGAUGGCACCACGGACCUAGACGAGCAUAUUGA